AUGCAUGAUACCUCCGACCCCAAACAAGCUCACCCUGAGCACAGCGAAUAUAUGGAGAGCUCGGAGGCACAAGCCGCACGAGAAAAAGAGCUGCGUGAUGCAGAAGCUCUACGUGAACACUUACCAGACAUUCCGCUCGGAGAAGCCAUGGAGGCUCAAACGCUUGUAGAUCAACGUCGGCUGAAGGAGAUCAUGAGGAAAGUCGACUUCCGCCAGAUCACCAUUCUGGCUCUGGUGUAUAUCUGGGCGUAUAUCGACCGAAGUAAUUUGGGCAACGCCAAUAUUGCCGGAAUGAGAGAAGAUCUCAACACAAAUGUCAGCAACAGGUACUCUGUCUUGACCAUGAUAUUCUUCAUCGGAUAUGCUUUGGUUGAUAUUCCAGCCAUGUGGCUGACCCGCAAGCUCGGCCCAGCCUUCUGGAUCGGGUCCAUCGGACUGGCAUGGAGUGUGAUCACCAUUGGCCAGGGAUUCUGUAACACUUGGGGAGCACUGGCUGUAUGCCGAGCUCUCCUCGGUUUUCUGGAAGGUGGACUUGUUCCCGGCGUACUUUAUCUCUUGGGGUGCUGGUACACACGCUAUGAGAUCGGAACACGGAUCGCUGCUUUCUAUGUUAUCGGGAUCAUGUCUGCCGGCCUCUCAGGUCUACUUGCGUAUGGUCUCGAGAAGAUGGAAGGGACUGCUGGUAUUCGCGGCUGGCGCUGGAUCUUCAUCAUCGAAGGAGUCGUCAGCGGCGCCGUGGCUCUUGCAUCUUACUUUCUCAUCAUCGACUUUCCAGAACGAGCUGCCAAAAGGAAUUCACUGGGACUUCCCCAAUUCCUCACUCCAGAAGAAGCUGCCCUAGUCUUGGCCCGCAUCGAGCGUGACCGUGGUGACGCGGUGGAGGAGAAACUCACCUGGGCCCUCUUUACUAGUUACAUCCGGGACUGGAAGCUCUGGGAAUUUCCACUCUACCUGCUCCUUAACAACACCGCAUUGUAUGCCUUUGCAUACUUUCUUCCAGUCAUUUUGAAGGACGGCUUCGGUUACUCAACUGCAAAGGCACAAGUCAUGACAUUUCCCCCUUACCUCGUGGGCGGAGUGUGGAUGAUCAUAUGUGGUUACCUAGGUGACAAACUGCGGACAAGAGGGCCCAUCAUGAUCGCCAAUUGCGCAAUAUACAUUAUCGGCAUUGUCAUGGUCGGCUGGUGCACCAACACCAGCGCUCGCUACGCGGGAGUCUUCGUCGGCCAGAUCGGCAUGACCGGCAACAUCCCUCUUCAAUGGGCGUACGCGCACAACAACCUCGUCGGCCAGCUGAAAAAGGGUCUGGCCAUGGCCAUGAUGACCAUGGGUGGUGCCGUGUCAGGCAUCAUCACCGGCAACGUCUUCCGCUCCCAGGACGCCCCGGGUUACCGACCAGGGCUGUGGGUCAGCAUUGCGUUCAACAUUGUGUACGCAGUCCUUGUGGCCAAGAACGUGGUCUUGUUCCGCCGCGAGAAUCGUCGCGCAAACAGGGGAGAGAUUGUCAUCAUGGGACAGCCUGGAUUCAGGUAUACUCUUUGA